AUGGCUCCUAAAUUGGAUAAUACUGAAGCUAUCGUACUCAACUUUGUCAAUGAGCAAAACCGACCUCUAAACACACAAAAUGCAGCUGAUGCUUUGCAAAAGUUUAACCUUAAGAAGACUGCAGUACAGAAGGCGCUUGAUAGCCUCGCUGAUGCCGGAAAAAUCACAUUCAAAGAGUACGGUAAGCAGAAGAUAUACAUUGCUAGACAAGACCAGUUCGAGAUUCCAAACAAUGAGGAACUUGCUAAAAUGAAAGAAGAAAAUGCUGCACUUCAAGAACAACUCCAAGAGAAAAAGAAGGCAACUAGCGAAGUGGAGUCAGAAAUCCGUAGCUUGCAGUCAAACAUGACCCUAGGAGAGAUACAAGAGAAAGAUGCCAAACUAAGGAAAGAGGUUAAGGAAAUGGAAGAGAAACUAAUCAAACUACGCGAAGGAAUCACAUUGGUGAGGCCAGAAGACAAAAAGGCUGUUGAGGAAAUGUACGCGGACAAAAUAAACCAGUGGCGAAAGCGUAAGAGGAUGUUCAGAGACAUUUGGGAUACCGUAACAGAGAAUUCUCCCAAAGAUACUAAGGAACUGAAGGAGGAGCUUGGAGUUGAAUAUGAUGAAGAUGUUGGCGUAAAUCUACAGGCAUAUUCUGAUCUAAUUCAACAUGGAAAAAAGAGGGCUAGAGGAGAGUAA